AAGAUAUUAACAAAACCAUUUCCGAUAAUACAGAAAAUAUUAUCAACGAUAAUAUAGAAGAUAUUAACAAAAUCAUUUCCAAUAAUACAGAAGAUAUUAACAAAACCAUUUCCGAUAAUACAGAAAAAAUUAUCAACGAUAAUACAGAAGAUAUUAACAAAAUCAUUUCCGAUAAUACAGAAGAUAUUAACAAAACCAUUUCCGAUAAUACAGAAAAUAUUAUCAACGAUAAUACAGAAGGUAUUAACAAAAUCAUUUCCGAUAAUACAGAAGUUAUUAACAAAAUCAUUUCCGAUAAUACAGAAAAUAUUACCAAAUCCAUUUCCGAUAAUACAGAAGAUAUUAACAAAACCAUUUUCAAUAAUACAGAAGAUAUUAACAAAACUAUUUUCGGUAAUUCUGAAGAGAUUAGCGAAUCCAUUUCCAAUGCCGAAGAUCGUAACGAAGCCAAUGGUUCUGUCGGAUCAGAUUUUGUUAGAGCACACGUUUACUUUGUCGAUGGAAUCAGUAAUAAUGCUAAAAAAGUAAUUGUGAAACCUUUUACAAAAUCUUCAAUUGAGACCUUUCAAUUUUCAUUCAUUGAUAAACGUCAAAUUCACUUGACCACUCUGAAUCAUCAAAGAGGAUUAUUUCAAUCUGUAUUGGUAAAAAUAACUCAUGCUAAAACUCAAUACCGUUUUGAGCUACAAUCUCAACAUACAACUUUGGGUCAAGUUAAAAUCGAAAAUAACAAAUCAUUUACAAUUUUGGGAAAAGAUACCAUGUUCAAAAGAGAUAUUCGUGUUGGUGAUUACUUAAUCGUUGGAGAAGAGAAGCGACGGGUUUCCGAAAUUGUUUGUAAUAAUGUAUUGAAGGUUGCUCGUCCAAGUUUUGAACGUGUUAAGGUUGGACAAUGGUUAAAUUUCGAGAUUGAGCAAAUUACUACCAAUAAUGAUCUUAUUGAUGUUUACGCUAUGGUUUUUACAAAGUACGCAAUAAAUACUCCUAUUGGGCAAAUUGACAAGCCUAUAAAAGCAACAUUUGUGGUCGAUGUUUCUGGAAGCUCUAAAACAAUUUCUGCAUAUGAAACCAAAAUUCGAAAGUAUGUUGUUAAAAUGUUCGAAAAGGUUAAAAAAGAAACCAAAAAACCUUCAGGUCACUUGAAACAUUUCAAAUCUGCGUAUGCAAUUUUUGAGAAUCUUACCCUAGAUGAUGAAAGCACUGAAUAUCUCUUUGGAGAAUGGAUUAUCUUGCUUUUCUGCUUGAUCCCAAUUCAAAUUGCCAUUGCCCGUGAUAGCGUAUUUGUACCUCUACAAGAUGGGGUGUUCUCAACCGAACUAGAUCAGCCCAAUUUUGAUGGAUACGGAUUAAUUGGGAGUGUAAGCAAAGCUAUAUCUUUUGGUUGGUACGAAGCCAUUUUUGAAUACUACGCAGAUUUAGAAGUUAAAGUAAUAUCGUCUAUGGGCGAGCAAUCAUGCAAGAGUUAUUUGCUAAAUCAUUGUGUGGGUUCGACCUUUGACGGUUCUGCAAUGCGAUGCACAGAAGGAGUAUGGAUGUCAGUUGUGAAAACCGAUAUUCUUUAUGUUGCCUUGGAUUUUGAAGGCUUAGCGAGUAUUGAGAGAACUCCGCAGGAAGAGACAUUAUUGCAGCUUUUCAAUGCUGCCAUUUCAAAUCUUGUAUUAUUUAAGAGUCAAUUUGCCGUUAGCCGGGACAUUUCUUCAAUGUUUCAACGCUUUCAAGAUGGCACAAAUUAUUUCGGUGAUGAUUCGGAUAUGUUCCAAGCUCUAUUUUGCGUCAUUAUUAAAGAUGUGGCUAAAACUGAUCGAAAAGACAUUGUUUCCGAAUUUCAUUCUAAAUUCAAAAGAAUCGUUGAUCAGCCAGUAUUCAAUGAAGCCGCAUUUUAUACAACCUUUAAGGAAUUAAAAGUUAAACUGGACGCCCAAGUUUCUAAGUACAAUAAUGCUAGGGCUUUUGUCGAAAAAAUCAAGGUGUUAAUGACUAAAUUAAAAAUGUGUGAUUGGGGUAAUAUACAAGCAACUUUUAUCACAAUGCGCGCGUUAGAAAUCAAGAAAUUUCUUAGCGACGCCAUCUCUUUCGGAUACGAACAAAUAGACGACGAUCCUUUUUCUAAUCUUGAUGAAUUGGAGUUGAGAGUUAAGCCUUUACAGGGACGUGAUGAUGGAAUUUUAGUUCCUGACGAUGUAGUGUUACUCUCAGAGGUUUUUGAAUAUAUCGAUGAGUCAGUUAAAUUGAUGCCUGAUACUGGACUUGUAUUACUACAGAAUGGAAAGGAUUUGGUCGAGCUUUCAUAUGAUUUAAGAACUUAUUUUGAAAAAAACAUCCACCAUCGAGGAGAAAUACCAGACGGGCAAUGGAUCGAAAAAUAUGAUAAGCUUUUAAAGUUUAUUAUAAAAAGGCGUAUAGGUCGUGUUCAACAAUGGUUCAAUAAAAACACCUCAAGAUUUCCUAAAGAUAAUAACGAGAUCACAAUCACUAGUUAUUCACUUGAACAAGAAAUAAACAAGCUAAAUAUGUUCUGGAAUAUUUGUCGACUCCGGUGUGAAAGAUGUGGCUUAGCAUGUCUCAAGACGAGUCGUCAUGACGAUGAUGAGAAAGACACAAGUCAUGAUUGUUUAACGGAUCACUUAUGUCAUUCUCAUUGCCUCUUUGAAGAAGCUCAUACCACUGCCACUUUAACUAAGUGCGCUCAGUUUGCUGGUCAUGAAGGAAGGCAUGCUUGCUCACAAAAUCAUGCUUGUAGAGCACAUUGCGUUCAUUCCGGAAAACGAAGUUGUCAAACCCGUUGUGCUAAAGAGAUGGGGCAUGAGAAAUCUCUUGGAAAUGAAACACAUUUAUGUGAAGCUAGUCGUCAUUAUUGUGGCGCACCUUGUUCGUUAAAAGUAGGUGGUCUUUAUGAAUGCCGGAAUAAAUGUAUAAUUCCUUGUGAAGAUAAUCAUUCCUUUCAUAAAUGUGAAAAUGAAGUAUGUCCGAUUGAAUGUCCACUCGAAACAUGUCAAAGAAAGUGCGAAAGUAGAGACCAUUUUCAUUCCUUCGAUAAAGAUGCACAACAUUUUUGCGGAAACGAACACCAAUGCCCAAAAGAAUGUGAAGAAAAUGGAAUUUGCAAGAUCAUAACCGAACCCACUGCGAUGCUUGGAGAACAAGCCGAGUAUGUUAAUAAGUUUGGUAGCUUUAUGUUCACAAAGUAUUCUCAAACAUUCCAACGACUUCAAUGUUGUAAAAAAAUUCCUUCUUACAAAUUCAAACAUGAAGGCAAACAUGUCCAUGAAGUAAGAAAGUUUCAUGAAUGUGAUACAUCCUGCCCUAAUGAUGAGGGAAAGCAUAUUAAAGAAGAAAAUGACAAGCAAAGUUUUCAUUACUGCGAUAUCAAGUGUCCGAAUUGUGCUUACUAUUGCAUAUUGCCUUACAAUCAUGGUCAAAUGCAUAAUACUGAACAUAACACUGUCCAUGGAAAUAUGCUUUUGACCACCUUUACAUGUGAAGAUGAGGAAUUCGUAUUUGAAGGGCGUCGCUUGAAUGUUGGAGAUCAUGGUGACUUUGUCCUAUGCCACAAAUUAUGUGAAAAUAUGGGUCGUCAUCGGCAUAUCGAUUUUUGUAAAGAUCCAGACGUGUGUGAAAGUGAAGGAGGCUCUCGAAAAGAAGCGAGUAUUAGCCCUGAACCUAUCCGAAAAAAGGAUUAUAUUUCUCACCGUGUCUUUUGGGAACGAACAAUGUUUCAAGAUCCUUACUCAAAAGAAGAUCGAGAAAAUUUCAAAAAGUGCGAUCAUGAAUGUGUCGAUGAGAAGCAUAGAAAUGUGGAUGAAAAGACUGGUCGAGAACUUUUCAAAUCUUUUUGUACUCAAGAAAUAUUUCACGCUCCAGUCGAUCCGAAAACCUUUUCCCUUGGACAGACAGGUUAUAUCUCAACUGACGGCCACCAUUUUACGUGCGAAAUUCCAACGGUUUGCGACUUCCAUAUUGUCUUUGUUGUGGAUAAAAGUAAUUCCAUGAGUUCAAGUGAUUGCAAACCAAUUUGUUCAAGCACUGUCACUUCAAGAUUGAAGUUAUCGCACAAUAAUCGUCUCGGAGCUGUAUAUGAUGCAAUUUACACCUUUAUUGAAAGCCGUCGUUCUUCACGGAAGGCAUCACCAUCUGGGAAAAUGGCGGUGGAUCGCGAUACCGUAUCUUUGGUCCUUUUUGAUGAUAAUGCUAGAACUGCUUUCGAGAAUGAAAGUUUAUCAAAACCUGAAGAAUUAUUAACAAAGAUGAUGAAAUUUAAUCCUAAUGGUUGGACACCUUAUCAAGUUGGUAUUAAAAAAGCAUCGGAAAUCAUUGACAAAUACUACAAUUGCUUAAAGACGGACAUUAUUAUAUUUUUAUCGGAUGGUGAAAACACAGGCGAUGAUCCAGAACCUGAGUUACGAAGACUUUGCGAAAAAGAAAUGAAUAGAGGAUCACCGAUCUUUUUAUACACUAUUAUGUUUAAUAAUUCCUUUUCUUUGAGUUGUCAUUAUGAGAGUCAGCUUAAACGAAUGGUUGAUAUCGCUUCCGAGUACCUUCCUAAGACGAACGACAAAGUCUCGUUAAAGUGUCAAUAUGUUCUCGCCACGAAUGAGACAAAGUUGACUGAAAAUUUUAUCUCGGUGGCUGUAAGUUUACGAGAUCAUCAUCGACCAAUGUUAAUGCGUAAAUAA